UGAGAACACGUUUCCAGUCACAUCGUAUUCAUUCAUAUAUUUUUUACUACAAGAAAAAUCUGUGUGUUAGUGGUGACAGUUAACUGUGUUUUCAACGUCAAGUUUCAGAUCGAAGAUGAAGACAUUCGUACUCCUCGCUUUAUCGCUGGUGGUGGCGGUGGCCUACGCCCGCCCUGGUGCCCAGUACACCGAUAAAUGGGACCACAUCAACGUGGACGAGAUCCUGGAGUCCCAAAGACUCCUCCGAGGGUACGUCGACUGUCUCUUGGACAAAGGCCGUUGUACUCCUGACGGCAAAGCCCUGAAGGAGACUCUCCCCGAUGCUCUUGAGCACGACUGCUCCAAAUGUACUGAAAAGCAAAAGGCUUCUUCCGACAAAGUCAUCAGGCAUCUAAUCAACAAGCAACCUGACUACUGGAAGGAACUUUCUGCCAAAUACGACCCCAACAAUAUCUACCAGGACAAAUACAAGGACAAAAUCGAAGAAGUCAAGAGCAAGAACUAAAUAAGUAGGUAGUCGCUUUGCAUAAAAUGCAGUUUACAAAAUUGUGAUAACGGUGAUAAGGACGGUGUUAAAGACUGUAAAUUGGUUAUUUAUUAAAUAAAAUUAUAAUUUGGA